AGAGUGUUCUCUGAAUUCUUAUAUCUGAAUUUCUGAAGACUCAACUGCCACGGGAGGGAUGGCGCAGCCGGAGACCUUGUCGCUGGCCGGGCGGCGGGUGGCGUUCACGACGCCGCAGACCGACGCCGGCGGCGGCGGCUACGGCGGCCGGCUCCACGCCAUCCUGCGGCAGCGCGGCGCGCGGCCGGUCCCGGUGCCCACCAUCGCCAUCCGCGCGCACGACCCGGACAUCCUCCGCCCCUUCGUCGCGCCGGGCGGCCUCGACGCCUUCGCGGCGCUCGCCUUCACCUCGCGCUCCGGCAUCUCCGCCUUCUCCCGCGCCCUCCUCCCGUCCUCCUCCUCCCCCGCGCGGCGGCCGCGGCACCCCGUCUCCGACGCCGCCACCGCGCUACCCUUCACCGUCGCCGCCCUCGGCAGCGACGCCGACCUCCUCGACGCGGCGUUCCUCUCCAGGCUCUGCGGCGACGCGGGCGGGAGGGUGUCGGUCCUCGUCCCCGACGUCCCCACCCCGGCCGGCCUCGUGGAGGCGCUGGGGAGCGGGUCCGGCAGGCGCGUGCUCUGCCCCGUGCCCGACGUCGUCGGCCUACGCGAGCCGCCGGUCGUGCCGGGCUUCCUCGCCGGGCUGGAGGCGGCCGGGUGGGUCGCCGUGCGCGCGCCGGCGUACGUCACGUGCUGGGCGGGGCCGCGCUGCGCGGAGGCUUUGGUGGACGCCGCGGCGCCCGACGCCGUCGUGUUCACCUCCACCGCCGAGGUGGAGGGCCUGCUCAAGGGGCUGGACGCCGCGGGGUGGAGCUGGCCGCGGCUGCGCGCGCGCUGGCCCCGCAUGGUCGUCGCCGCGCAUGGCCCCGUCACCGCCGACGGCGUCAGGAGGCUGGGCAUCGAGGUCGACGUCGUCGGCGCCAGGUUCAGCAGCUUCCAUGGUGUUCUCGACGCCCUCGCCGCGAAACUCGAAUCAGAUUGAAGCACUACCAUUGUUCGUCCCAAAUCCGAAUCAAUUUUAGAUUUCUAAACCGAAUCUUGUUGCGAGUUCUUCUCCUACCCAUCCGCGUCUCGGGGCUUGGAAUCGAAUCCUCGCCAAGUUCGGAUCAACGAACUGCCCUCAUAAGCCCGCGUCCCCUCCUUCCUCGCGUCGACGCCGCACCGCACCGCAUCUCCGCUCGCCGCCGCCGACGACGACGAGAUGCUUUCCCGGAUUCUGCAUGGCUAUGGAGGACACGGCGGGAGAGGCUUCGAGCAGACGUACCGGUGCUACUCGGCGGCGGCCUUCAACAAGCCGCAGCUCGAAGGCGGAGACAAGGUGAUCAUGCCGGCGUCGGCGCUCCACCGCCUCGCCUCCCUCCACAUCGACUACCCGAUGCUGUUCGAGCUCUCCCACCACGGCGACGCCGCCGCCCACCGGGUCACCCACUGCGGCGUGCUGGAGUUCGUCGCCGACGAGGGCACGGUGAUCAUGCCGCGGUGGAUGAUGCGCGGCAUGCGCCUCGACGACGGCGGCCUCGUCGUCGUCAGGAGCGCCAGCCUCCCCAAGGGCAGCUACGCCAAGCUGCAGCCUCACACCGGCGACUUCCUCGACACGGCGAACCCCAAGGCCGUCCUGGAGAAGACGCUGCGCAGCUUCACCUGCCUCACCACCGGCGACACCAUCAUGGUGGCCUACAACAACAAGGAGUUCCUCAUCGACAUCGUCGAGACGAAGCCCGCCUCGGCCGUCUGCAUCAUCGAGACGGAUUGCGAGGUCGAUUUCGCACCUCCACUCGAUUACAAAGAACCUGAAAAGGUUCAGCAGAAACCAUCUGUUCCUUCAAGCAAGGCGGCUUCCGAAGAUCAAGAUCAAAUCAAAGAUGAGCCAGAAUUCAGAGCAUUCACUGGUUCAGGGAAUCGUUUGGAUGGUAAGGCCUCAAAACCGCUAGCAGCAGGGAUCUCUUCUAAUCCUGCUGCUGCAAGUUCUGCAAUUUCAGACUCGAACAAGAAGGUGAAUCAGGAGACAGCAGCAUCAGGAGUUAGCAACUCUACACGUCAGAAAAAGGGGAAGCUUGUUUUUGGUUCAAACAAAAGCAGCAGCAGCAGCAAAGAACCAGAGAAGGCUCCUCCUGUUAAAGUUGAUGAACUUGCAAAGAAGGAAGAGCCCAAGUUCCAAGCAUUUUCUGGGACGAGCUACUCGUUGAAACGUUAGCUGCUGCUAUUAGGGUUAAAAGUUUUGGAAUCAAUCAUUUGUUUCUUACUUGGAGUUCGCCUGGUUACUCUGGCAGCUGUAAAUGAUUGGUAGCAAUGUGUAUCUUUAUCAUUUUCAGUUCUCCCUUAAUAAUUCUAGUUAUUGUCUUGCUAAUUAAAAGAAUUCCGUGGAUUACAUGGAACCUGAUACUAUUUGCUUGACCA